AUGAGUGACCACAAACAGUUAUUUCUCUUUGGCAGGGCUUUUCCGUCGAAGUUGGAUGAAAAUGCAUUUAUUGAAAGGUAAUUAUAACCCAGUUCUUAUUUUUUUUGUUUAGAAUAAUUGACUCAGCUAAUUCUCGAAAUAAGUAUGGAUCUACCCCGACUCCGGCAAUCUCGUCCAUUCCAGCCAAUGAAAUAGUGCAGAUGGUAGUUGGCUCUAGUAGCAUCGGGUUUUUGUUUAAGGUUUGUGGAACUGGCCAUAUUUUUUAAGAAGCUUUUGGCACGUCCUAACAAUUAUUUCUUCAGAAUAAUCGUAUUGCUCGCCUCGAUUUUGAAAUUGUUACAAAUUCUGUCCUCUCAGAGUCUCCGGAGUCCAAUCAGUUUAACACCGGAAGCAAUCCGUCGGUGGAUCCUGGAAGUUCGGUGCCGGCAGCAGUUUCUGGUUCUUCCUCCUCGAUUGGAAGCUCGGGGAGUGGACUGGGGUUCAGUUCCUCGGCUUCAGCAAAUCGGAAUGCAAAAAUCAGAAGAAUGAUGAUCGCCGCCAGAAGACCAGGAGCUAUUCUGAAUAGAACAGGCGUUAUUGUCGAUCGUUCUCGUUCCAUGCUACCGGCAUCUUCAAUUCCCGAAGAAUUAAUUGCACAAGCCCAAGUGGUACUCCAAGGGAAGAGCCGGGAAGUCAUUGUACGAGAAUUGCAGCGCACCAACUUGAAUGUGAAUGAAGCCGUUAACAAUUUACUUAGUCGAGACGAUGACGAAGGUAAUUUGAUGCAGAAUUUUAAAUAAAAAAAAUUUAGAUGAAAUGGACGACCAGAAUGACUCUUAUCUGCAUGAAGAACUUCUGUCUUUAUUAGAUGCCGGUUUGAGGGGGGAUGGAGCGGCGGCUGUAAUUGACGGAGAAGGUCUUUACACUGGAGCAGAAUACGAAUAUAUGUUGAGAGAUCCUAGGAGAAGGGAUGAUCCGAAGACGAAAGAUCGCAAAAUUGAGAAUCAACAAAAUGCUGAACUGAGUCAGCAGAAUUUCAGAUUCUCCGAUGAAUUGUUUUAUUGGCACGAUGUUAAUGGAGAAGAUUUUCCUAAUGGUGUCACCAAGUUCAUCCAGAUUGGGGCUUCUUACUCUGGUCUCUACGGCCUCGGAGAUAAUGGGAAACUAUACGAAUGGAGCUGGAAAGACAGACUACCCGUUAACGAACCACAUGAAGCCAACAAGGUUCUGAGUGGUGAGGUUUCAAGCGUUAUUGUACAAUACCUUUUUUAGGAGAUGAAAAAAUUGUCAAUUUUUCUGCUUCUGCAUGGAGAAUCGUAUAUCUUACCAACAACCGACGAGUCGGCUCUUUCAUGGAUGAUUAUUGUGGUUCGUCUCUUGGGGAUAUCUUCAGCACGGGGCCCAUUGAAUUGCCAGAAAAAGUGACGGUAGAAAAGUUGAUGUCGUGCUCGUUGUAUGCGGCUUGUCAAACUUCUCAUAAACUCUAUUGGUGGGGAGUCCAUCCAUUCACCGACCGUGUUCUUAUGUUCGAAAAUGCUAAAAAGAAGACUCGUGAAGAACCAGUUUUAAGACCUAAAGAUAUUGUCGUUGGUUCUGAAGUCCGUACACGAGCCAUUCCGAUAUACGCAUCUGGAUCUGUUGGUGUCAGUUUUGCCAAUGGAGCUCCAAUGGUGAGUUUAGGGAUGAUUGUGUGAUUGGUUUUUAGAUUGGUGUCUUAAUGGAAGCGGCUUGGACGAUGAAUGAGACUUGCAGGUUCAGAGUGAUGACUCCUCAGCAAUACGCUUCCUACUCCAAGGAUAAACAUUCUGGCGAUAAAACAAAUGUUAACCGUAAGAAUUUUUUCACGUUCGGGUAGAAUUAGCCGAAAUUGGGUGUGGUUUUGGUAACUUUAGUCUGUGGGCCUGUUCAUUUCGGGAAAAAGCACUAUGGCCCUUUUAGUAACUGUUCGCAAAAGAGCCGCUCCUUCAGAUGACAGUAUGGCGGAAGUUGGGGGCGGUACGCAGGGUACUGCCCAGUACAAAGAGACGGCUUGGAGUCUGAAAGACGUUACUUUCAUCUUUGAGGAACCCGUUUGUGAUACUGCUGUUGUUAAAAUUGUAAGUUUUACUUUUACUCGUUAUAUAUCUGAAAAGGUUGACGGAAGUUAUGCUGGAAUUGUGUACAAGUCGGCUAUUGAACAAUCGGAGAAGGAAAACAAUGGAGUUGCAAAUGAAGUUGAGCUUCUGAAAAGUCACCUAAGACUGAUGAGGAAAGACGAGCUUGUGGUGGUCCCGUCGGUGAAACUUUCUCGUUCCCCGCAGACGUUUCAAAAGAAGUUAUGCGAAGUCAAGCUUCCAAAGAAUAUCAGAAGAAUUAUAUCAUCUGCAAUUGACAAUAACUGUAAGUGGGAAGCAGUCAGGGUGUACUGAUUCUUUCAGCAUUUCAAUUGCUGGCUGAAAAGUGCAGUGGCGAGGUCGCUUUAGUUAAAACGAAUGGAUACGGGACUGACGUUUGCUCACAGUAUAUUCCCAUCGAUAUUUCUACUUUAAAUAAGGGUCGAGAAAAAAAUUGGAAAGCAUUCUUGGAUAAUUAUGGGGACGUGAGUUUGUAAAAUUUUGCCAUUAAAUCAAUUUCUAGGAAAACAUUUUGGUAAUGUGUGAUGCCAAUGGAAGUAUGGUCCCUUUAAUUCCUGAUUCUACAAAUGGAAUAAAGGACCCGGUUUAUCUCGGGCUUGGAGCGUCUCGUCGUGUGGGAGUUGGAGUCAGUUAUUUGAAUUCUGGAGAAGUGAAUAGCUCUAUCAUUACUUCCCACCAAUUGUCAAAUCAAGCAUUGGCCAAGAAUAUUGAGAUUUCGAAGACUGUUCAGAAAAUGGCGUUAGUAGCAAUUCUUGUUGCGCCUGAAGCUAGAACUACUGAGCCGAGGAUCGAUUCCCUUAUUCAGAACAUCCAAUAUUGCAAUCUGAAUGGAGUAAAGUCUAUUCUCAAGGAAUUAGAAUCCGAUGCGAGCGACGAAGAGAAGAAGUAUCAAAUCUUGACUGCGCACACAAAUGGCAACCGGAAUAUAUUUCAUACAGCUAUAAUGAAUGCUUUUGCAACUUCCAAUAAGGACCAAGCUGAUGAUUUCAAGCAGGUCAGGUUCGAGAAUGGGCACAUUGUGCUGAUCGAGAAUGCGCCCAAUUCCAAAAAGGUCGUGGAAAAAUUGGACACAGGCGAAGCUGAGGCCGUUGGGCAAAAGUUCGAUCAGCGUUGGAAGGACAUGAUCAGUGCAAGCUCCGAAUCGAUGAAAGGGGUUCUCAGAUCCAAAAGUUCAGAACAGCCAAUGGAAGUUGCCGAAAGGAAUGCCGAUCGGCCCGUCUCUGCCCGACAACGGCAGAAGAACGCUAUCAUGAUCUUGGCGGAGCUUGUCUCUUCUCCAGUCUUGAAGCCGUAUUUCGAAGAAUUGAUGAAACAAAGGGACAUUCACGGUCACACCCCGUUUUACUCGGCGAUUCAUUUGCGGGCUUAUUCUGCCGCAGUCAUUUUAUGGCACAAGAUAAAGGACAGCAAAAUUCAUCAAGUGGAGAGUCUGGCCAAGAUUUGUUUGAACGGUGUUGGCUGCGAUUCCCCCCUUUUUAUUCUAUGCUACAAUGAUACAUGCUCGUUUACCUGGACCGGAGAAGAGCACAUCAAUCAAGACAUCUUCGAGUGCAAGACUUGUGAUCUUGUGGGAUCCCUUUGUUGUUGUACAGAAUGCGCCUAUACCUGUCAUCGAGAUCAUGACUGCAAGUAAGUUUUUUGUCCGAGUUUUAUUGUUUGAAAAAUCUUCUGGUCUUACAUUUUUUUAUUACAGGUUGAAGAGAACCUCCCCAACUGCUUAUUGUGAUUGUUGGGAAAAAUGUGGAUGCAAAGCAUUGGUUUCUGGAAAUAUAGAUCAAAGAGAAGAACUGCUGAAGUUGUUGUUGAAAGACACAAACUUAAUCAACUCGCUUAACUCCAAAGGAGAACAUCUAAUUUUAUUCCUGACGAGAGCUCUUGGUCGGCAGUUGGUUGAACAAGAAAAUUUCCCCAGACGAACCAAGUUGAGAAGUACUACGCAGGCCACCAGUGACAACGUUCCCGAGCAUGAUUUGGAUCCGCCAAAGUUCACUGGAGCUGCUUUACAAUUACUGUUGAAUCAAUGGGAGUCCGUCAAAAGCGUACUGAAAGUCGGAUUGAAAACGAGAACUGGAGAAACCGCGAUCAGUGAAGAUUUAUUUCAAUUGAAUGAGCAGGAUGGAGUCAAUCAUCUGGACAGAUUCAUAUUCACCUUGCUGGCACGAAGUCCUGAAAGUCAUCUCGAUUCACUGUUGAACACGUUAGUUCGUGAAGCGAAUAAGAAGGAGGAAAAAGAUCCAGAAGUAAAUCUGUUGAUAAGCAGAUUUACCCGUUCAGUUGUCCGUCUGUUUAUCUUCCUUUGUAUUGCGUCCCCAAUGGCCACCAGCACCAGUUUGAAUGCAGUUUCCUCGACUUUGGGGUCUGUGGUUGAACUCAGAAAGGGAAGGGACGUUGAACCUAGAUUAAGUAUUGCCACCUCGGUACCGGUUUCUUCAACUUCAUCCUCCAAAAGUCUGAUGCCAAAUUACCGAGCAAUCACUGUUUCUGGGGUGCUUUCUUUGGUAAGGACUUCCUUGCCGUCUUUUGCAGCCAACGGAAAUGCAAAGGAAUCAAAAAAGAAGGCCAUAAAUGCAUUUAUUUUGAAGUGUCACAGAGUGUUCCAGGUAAAUUUAAUGUAAAAAUCUUAAUAUUUUUUAGGUAUUGGUGUCCUAUUCCAUAACUGAAAUUGUCAACAUUGCUGAUGCUGUGAUUGCCCCUGCAAGGCUUGGUGUUGCAAAACAAACUGUAGCUAUUCACAAGAGUAUUGGAGCCAGCGAUGUGUUGGAUAUGAUUGAGAGAUAUCUCAACAGCGAAACAGACCUUACCGCCCUGUUGAUGGGUGUCACUUCUAGUCCCAAACGAAAGCGCAACCGCAGGAUUUCAAUGCACAGAGACAACCGCGCAAGCGACGGAUCCGAUUCGGAAGAUUCCGAUGGGGAUGACAGUCCAGGCUCGAAUACAAACUACUCGGCUGCUGCUGUUGAGACCGCUAGAAGAACUGUGGAUAACGUGAUGAGGGAAGCAAUGGGUGGACAAGUUCUUGAUUAUUCUGCCAACGUACAAGAUGGCUACAGUUCUUCUAAUAACAGUGACGACGAGGAUGAUGAAAACGACGAGGACGACUUUGAUGGAGAGGAUGAAGAGGUUGCGGAGAUCUCGGGUGCUCGGAGAGACGGCGAAAAUGCUCAUGAUGAAACACGGCAGGAAGGAGAACACGGUUCUAUGGAUGAGGACGAAGGGGAAGAUGAGGAGGAAGAGGAGGAUCGGUAUGUUGAUGGAGAGGAAGAUCCAUACUACAGGAUGGAUGACGACAUUGUUGAUGAGAGUGGGGAUGAAUAUUCGGACGAAGAUCAUUAUGACUAUAGUAGCGAAGGUGAACACUCGGUGUAUCAAGAUCAGUAUGAAGAGGUAGUUGACAUCGAUGGGUCUAAUGCUGGAGAAGCCAGUGUUGUAAAUGCUCAACCCCGGAGGGAAAGGCGGAAAUCUCGUCGAGGCGGAAGAAGAGGAAGGAACGAGACUGCCAAUAGUGCCGAAUCAAACGACCAGCCAGUUAAUGCUCCCCCUGCGGAUGAACCGAUGGACGCUAUCGUGGAGGCUAGCCAUGAAGAUGUUGUAGUUGAGCCUGCAGUUGAAGUAAGUUACUUCUCUGCAUCUGUAUCCAAAAUUUUAGAGUCAGGAUAUCUCUUCUUCGGGAACAGCCCAAUCUACCGUUCAGCCUGGUGAGGCCGAUAGUUCAACUAAUCUUAGAUUUGGUUCUCAACCAGCCGCCGGAUUUAGACCUGUUUAUAAUGCCGGGGCUAGUUCCAGAAGAUUGACUGGCCGUCAGUUAUUUACCACUCAAUGUAAGUGUCCCACGCCCAUAAUUCAUACGGUCGUAAUUUGUAGCUCCUUCAGUAGGAUGGGCCGUGAGAAGAGUCCGGCAGCAGAAUGACGGAAACGAAUCGACCGUUUCAGUUGAUAAUGAUGGAAAUGCAGGAACUCAUGAAAGGGUGGCAGUUGCAGACAACAAUAAUGCCGUGGAAUCAAGUGCAGCGAGCACAUCUCGAGUUGCUGUCAAAAAGGCUCCAUUGGCCGCUGCCCAUGCGGAUGCCGACAUUUAUCAAACGAAACUUCAACUAUCUGCUUGUUUUGCUUUAUUGGUCAAAGUUUUGGAUGAUUUGACUUUAAGGUUACUUGAGUAUGAUCACUACAAAAAGCAGAAUUAUAGUGGUAUCGAAGCAUUGUUGGAUCUUAAUGCAGGCGAACUUUUUAACAGAUUCAAGGUAAUUUGCACCAUGUUUCGAUUUUAUUUAUUUAGAAAUUGAUCAACCAUCGACUUGAUUUAACUUGGACUUGGUUCCAAAAGAUCAUGGAUAGAAUGGAGGCCAUGCUCAGAUUUGGGAACGCCUUGUUGAAAAGUCCGGCAUACGCGGACUUGUCGUUUGAACAAUCGCCAUCCAGAUUGAGUAAAAGAGAAAAAAGAAGGGAGAAAAAGGAGCAAAUGGUUGCUGCCAUUUCUUCUAAGCGGGACUUCUACAAUUAUUUCAUGUCUUUGAUGAGGUCGCAUUCCUCAGAAAAUGGAGAUGAGAUGCCAGUUAUAGAGUCAACUCCUUUCCGUCAUAUAUCAUUGAUUGCUGAAGCAUUCUUGUACCACACCAACAUUUCUGAACUUUUUCAUGACAAACUAUCUGAUUUUAAGGUUGAGAGCGUGUGUUUUUUUUUUGUACUAAAUUACGGUUUCAGGAAUUCGGUCCUCAGUGUGCUGAAAAAGUUCACGGUCUAAGGAAGUUCUACAAGAGGUCCGAGUCGAUCAGUUAUCCCUCGCUGACGACAGCUGAUCCUCACAACGCAUUCAAAUACCCUGCUGGGGAAUGUGUACCACUUGCUGUUAGGUCAUCACUUUUAAAGCCCGAAAGUGAUAAAGCUGAUAUGUUCUUAAUCCCAGUCCCUGAACGAACCGUUGAAGAUCAUUUGGUAAGUUUUAUUUUGAGUUUCUGGAUUUUUUAGCGAGUUGCAAGAGAACACGGCCUUGAAAACCCUACAUAUCAAAGUUUGGCCCCUCCACCACUCUCGCAUUCAGACGUAUGUCAAGACGAAGCAGAUGAUGAAGAAAUGAAGCUUGUUGAGUCUGAAAAAGCUUCUGUGGACAAAGAGAAGGAACUCUAUGAGGAAAUCCUUUCUCUUCAGAUUAAUCCAACCAGGAUGGAAUUGCAAAAGACUCUGGGGAGGUGGGGAAAUGCUAUGAUCUAUUUGGCCAAGGUUUGUUUUCUUAUUGGUUCACUAAUUUUUCAAGUUUAGGCGUUUAAGGAAGAUAUUAUCGAAUACAGCGGGCAGGACUCCUUCAAUUCCAUUUUGUUGAACGAAGUUGGCGGAUUCUCGCUGAAGCAUUCUCAGUUCAAGGCGAGGAUAGACAAGUACAGAGCCGGAAUACAAAAAGAUCUGAGCUUUAUGGUAACUAAAAAAAUGUAGUUUUAAUUUUCUUUAGAACAUGACGAGAGAAAAGCACUCCCUAGUCUCUGACGUUUUCCAUCAUUUGAAUAGCCAGUACAAUCGACGACUCCCGUCGAACGGCCAAGAGCCCUCGAACCCUAUCCUUGGAGCCAAUCGUGUUAAAGCAACUUUCCGUGAUGAACCUGGAGAAGGCUCUGGCGUUGUCAGAUCCUUUUACUCGGCAUUGGCCGAUGCCCUAAUUGAAAUGGAUUAUCUUCCGAAAGAAGGGGAGGGAAACAGCAAUUCUGAUUCUGGAAUAUCCAGCAGCAGUCCGGGUUUCAUGCAAGCUGCUGGUUUUUCGUCGAAGACUUCGUACAGUGGAUAUUGUAUCUUGAAAGCGUCUGGACAGCUAGAGUACACUGCGAAAAGGAGACCUGGGGGAUCGUCAACCCAUUCUUCCGGUGGUUUGGCUGCCGCGGCCGGUUUGAGUUCAACUGAUCGAGGAGUACGGACUCGGGCGCAGCAAAGAGCUGCGGCCCAACUUCCGCCAAUGCCGGCCGGUCUCUCUUCACGACGAAAUGUUGCUGAUGUGUAAGUAGAGUGGGUUUUUGUUUAAUUCUUAUUUAGACAAAAAUUCUUGUUUAAUUUGGAUACUCCACCAUACAAUCCUCGGAGUUCGACGUCGGAUUCUUCUGCCUCUCGCGGAUCCGAGCCUCCUCCGAGCGCUUCUAAUCUCAUCGAACCUCCAGUUCAUUCGUCCUCGGCUGGAAGUCUUUCUGUUGGUGGGCCUUCGAGAAGUCAACGUCAAUCGGAGACCAACUCUAUGCUUUUGGGAGAAAAAUUUUACGAAAAGAUCACAGGAAUCCAAUCUGAAUACUCACGUCGAAUUGCGGGUCUUAUUGUCAAUGGACUUCCUUUGGUGGAGCAACUAACUCUAAUCGCUAAUGAUGAGCUUCUUACGCAUCUUGUCCUCACAUUGUCCGAUUAUUUUUUGAAGGUUGAUGGAAACACAGGCGAACAGGAAGCAGGCACCGCUCAGAGACUGGAAUCUCUGCCGUUGUUUAUGAAGACGCCGGGAAAUGGGUUGCUGUCGCCUAUCCCUGGAAACAACUCUAGUGUCAGAAGAAAUGCUUUCAGAAAUGUUGGAAGGUAUAUUAAAAUUGCAUAUAGGUCAAUUCUUCUUUAGGAUUAUUGGACUGUGCCUGCUACAACUUGAGAUUCUCCCGUUAAAACUAUGCCGGCACGUUCUCAAAUACAUUCUGGAUCGUCCAAUAACCUGGUAUGACCUCGCUUUCUUCGAUCCAGCGAUGUUUGAUUCGCUCCGUUCGAUCGCUUACAAUGAAGAAGAGAAUCGUCCCCAUUCCGAUGAGUUUUAUGAGGGCCUUGGGCUUACCUUCGUUGCUGAUGUUCCUGCAGAAGAAGUGAGUGAUUGUACACUCCAUUACGAAAGUAUACCUGCCCCAUGGAAAAUUGCAGUACCUAAGGUUUGGCACGAUCUAUCAAAAAACUGCUAGUGCCAUUCCAAAGAGCAUGUCAAAACACCUAGUACCGCAUGGAAUAAGCCGGUGAAAAACGUUUUUAUCGAUUUGGCAACUAUUUUAAUAUAUUUAACCGUUUUAGAGGUUUACCUACCCCCAUUUCAUUCCAUUGUGUACCAUGUAGUACGAGAAAGUGCAAAAAACCAGUCAGGAGUAGGUAUACUUUUGAAACGGUCAAAAAGUUUAAAAUAGUUGCCAAACCAACCAAAAUUUUUUCAUCGGCUGGUUCCACGCGCUAAUAUGUUCUUCGACAUGCUCUGUCGAAUGGCAUUAGCAGUUUUCCGAUAGCUCUUACCAGACCUUAGAUACUGCAAUUUUCUAGGAGGAGGUAUAUACUUUCGUAACGGAGUGUAUAAAACUUUUAGGGAGGUGGUCUCGUUGAGUUGAUUCCCGGGGGUGAAAACAAAGCAGUGACCAAGGACAAUGUGCUUGAAUACAUCUAUUUGUUCGUCGAAAAGAGACUUCUUGGAGAUCAUGUGAAAGCGUUGGAUUCUAUAAAACAAGGUGUAUUUGAUGUCGUUCCUCCUUCGGUACUUCAAGGAUUGACUUCUGAAGAUCUUCGUCUCAUACUUUGUGGAUCGGAGCAGAUUUCGAUAAAAUUGUUAGAGGGUUUCACUACAUUUAUGGAUGAAAGUUCUUCAAAGCCAGAGUCGGUGAACAAAAUUAAGCGUUGGUUCUACAGCGUUAUCUCCAAGUUCAGUGACGAGGAAAAGCAGGUAUGUCGUUCUUUGUUUUAUUAUUGUUUUAAAACAGGAUUUGCGAGAAGCUCGCGGUAGCUGUGCACAUAAAGUAGGAUGUUGCAGUAGAAACUUGAAAUUUAUUCCACGGUUAGCUAGUUACUCCCGUAUUAUAAUAGGAGGUCAAAUUUUGAAUUUUUUGCCUCUGAAUCCUCAGACUCUUCCGUUUUGUUUGAUAUCAAAUAUUCUACAGGGUGUUCCAAGAAUUAUGGAAAAAACUAUUCAUUAAUAACUUUGUGCUCGGUGGUCCAAUCCGAAAAUUUUUUUUUUCAUUUUGCAGAAAAACCUUGGAGUUUUUAGAAUCAAAAAAUUUUUUUUUGUUUUAUCGGCGGAGACUUCCGUAAUCCGCCUUGAAUUCGGUGGAGUGCGUUUUUCACAAACGAGGCUGUAAAAAUUGGUUCAUUUUUUCUCCGCUGAUUUCUCCGCCGAAUUGCCUUUUUUUCUUCUCCCAGUGAGCCGAAGACGUAAUAAGUCGUAUUUAGGCGCCAUGCCACCAGGAAUACCAUACGUUUUGGUUUUAGCCAAUUUUGACUCCCCAAAUUCGGAGAAAAAUCGUCCGCCGAGGUUAAAAAAUGUCUCCGCCGAAUGACAAAAAAUUGAAAUUAAUGUCAUAUUGUAUCUUCUGAAUCCUUUCCCGCCCAUUUUCUUCACACAUACAACAAUUUACAGCCUCGUUUGUGAAAAAAACACUCCGCCGAGUUCAAGGAGGAUUACCGAAGUCUCCGCCGAUCAAAGAAAAAAAUUUUUUUGAUUCUAAAAUCUCAAAGGUUUUCCUGCAAAAUGCAAAAAAAAAUUUCGGAUUGGACCACCGAGCACAAAGUUAUUAAAGAAUAGUUUUUUCCAUAAUUCUAGGAACACCCUGUAUAGAAAUGUAUAAAUUCCGUCAUCUUCAUGGUAAAAAUCAAAAAAUCUUGAAAGCAACUUGGUUGUAUCUCGGUAACGGUGGGAGAUAGCGGUGACAAACCCGGGUUUAGAAGUCUUAGAAUUUUACGUAGAAUAGUUUGGAACAAAAAAAUGUGAUUCCAAAGGGGCGAAACCCAAAGGGAAUAGAUAUGAAAAUUUUGAAAAUCCGGAAAGUUGGGGAAACGGUUUGCCCCAAAUAAAGGCGAAAUUUUCCAUUAAGCUAGAGGCAAAUCGAAAAAUUUCAAAGGUUAUGGGUAAAAAAAUAUAAUUCUUGUUAUUUUAGGAUCUCCUUUUCUUCUGGACUGGAUCUCCCUCCCUUCCUUCGGCUGAGGAAGCUUUCACUCCACUUCCGACUGUGAUGAUUAGGCCACAUGAUGAUCAGCAUCUUCCCACAGCAAACACUUGCAUCUCUCGCCUUUAUCUGCCGUUUUAUUCAUCCAAGAAAAUUUUGCGUGCUAAAUUGUUGGUGGCCAUCCAAACCCGCGACUUCGGUUUUGUUUAA